CUAGAAUGGUUCAAGAUGAUAAAAAAUUAUAUUAGAAAUUUUUAAAACAAGAUGUCAAUGUUUUACUUUUUUCAUUUUAGAUGUUUAUUACACCAGGUUCAUGUAAAUCUUUACCAGAUUUUUGGUCUCAAUGGAGUGAGUGGUCACAAUGCGACACAUCUUUUAUUAUAACUCGAACUCGAAAUUGCAGCCAAAAUCUAUCGUUUUAUUGUCCAGGAAAUAGUAGUGAGGUUCAAUCAUGUAGUAAUCAAGCACUUGUUGAACUUCGAAACCCGUACAUCGGAGGAAUAUAUUUCAUUAAAACAAUGAACGCAGACUAUGGAAUUGAUCUUUUAGGAGAUUAUGGAGAUCAUGCUCGUGUUGUUAAAAAUAGCACAGAAAUGUUUUUCUGUGUUGAAGGUAUAUUUUUUUGGUGUAUUAGUUUUAUUUUUAAAAAUCCUAAAAUAAAGCUUGAGAGUUUUGCAUAG